CUAGAUGGCUCUUCGUGACGCUCGAUCGUGACGUAGAUCGCUUGAAACGGAGAAACGUUGCUAAAAUCUCAACUCUCAUUCCAUCGAUUGGGUAUAACUUAAAACUCGGCGACAUAUGACGCUCGGUUUGACUUAUUAACCGGACACUGGACAAGACUUCUGAAAACUUGACAGUUCUCAAAACCGGACAGUUGGCAACCCGCUAUCGGCGAUACGCUCUUGGAAUUCUCUCGGUUCCAGUAUCUUGUCGUAUAUUGUCGUUAUCGCUUCGCGGAUAGUCCUGUUAGAAUUAUCACGCUGCUUUCUUCCGUAAUUGCGUAACUGAGACUCGUCUUUUUCUGGCAAUUUCUGGCAAGUAGUGACCAUGGCAAGUGGUUAUUGAAUAAUGAUCAAGUUAAUCGGGGAGAGUUUUGGCUCUCCGUCGGUGUUGUGCCGUGUUAUCGCGGUGUUGUUACAGUCUCGUUGCAAACACAUCCCGUGAAACGAGGAAUCGUCUCGUUCUCCUCCGGUUGAUCAUUUUCGGGCGCGCGCGAUCAGGUAGACAGAGGCGGGCGCUAUCUAAUGAGUCGCUCGCAGCGGCGCAUUAAUAAGGCUCAUUCGCGGGAACAUCCAAUUAGGAUGUGGAAAUUAAUUCGACGUGGUAGCGUGCACGCGCGGGAAAGGGCGAGGAACAAGGAUUACUUUCACUGCGUGUACGCGGCUUGGGCGACAGUCGCGCGUUUCCCUCGCGGAUUUUACACUUUCGUGAGCUCCUCUCCUCUUCAGACAUUCAUUAGCGAGGAUCUCGCGAUGCAUCGCAGGGAGAGAAAAGCACAAAGCCGAGCGCGCGAACUCGUGCGCUCAUCAGCCGGCUUCUCGUGACUUGUCGCUAUCGCGAACGGCUCGAGUUUAGAGAUAACCGCGUUAAUUGCUCGCAAUAAACGCUCUCCAUAUCGCAUCCUCGCUCUGAUACUCUGUUGUUGUAGCCGCGGGAGGGGGUAAUUUACCGUCGAUUACCUCCCGCUUUCGUCUUCUUGGUGCUAUCGACUUUGUUCCUUCAAAUCUGCAGUUCGACGAUAUACCGUACUGCUGCUUGGAGGCUUCUGGAGGCUUCUGGAGGCGGUAGACAUUGAAAGGAAAAAGAGAAAAAAAAAUUCAGCGACAGUGCGAUCUCGAGAGAAGAACGGAGGUGGGAAAAUCCCGUUUCUCGCACCGAAUUUCAUUAGGAUGACGACGCCGGCGAAAUGCCAGCGUCGUCGUGGUAACGCUCUCGCGACCCGUCGAGGAAUUUAUCCUUGCCACUAGAGAAGGAAGGAUUCGUGCCUCGUGCAUAUAUCACUCGCGAUGAACGACGCCGACGUGUUAGUACCGAGCGGACACCGCUGCUUACGUCGGGGGUUGAAGAAGUACCCCAGUAUCGAUAAGAAGUUGUGGGAUGCGAGCAGCAGGUGGAUACUGCAGUGGGAUAACAUAGUCAAGCAUCCCGGGGCGAGGGCAAGAGGUUGUCACUGCGAUAUCCAUAAGCCACCGUGGUUGUACCCGGAUCUAGUUGGCAAGGACAGUGACGAGCCUGACAGAGCGGUCAAAUCGGCUCCCGUUAAGAGGCUGAACAUGCCGCCCAAAAGAGGUCAAUUUGGACCCGCGAAGACGCCAUCCUCCACGUUAGCUCACUCUGGUACUACUUCAUCAUCCACGGUUCCAAGGGCAGCGACCGUCAAAAGAGCUCUAUCAGUAAGAUCGGCAACAGCGCAAGCCGGAGCUGUCGACGAAGAAUGCUUCAUCACUUCGUUCGAGGACGUACCUACCGUCACGUUAUAUUCAGCAAAGGAUCUCGAAGAACAAAUGAAGAUUAUCAAGGAUACAGUGGGCGAUGACAAGAAAGACUGGAAACAGAGAAUGGAUAGUAUGAGAAAGUUAAGAGCCAUUGUACUCGCAGGUGGCACUAACUACGAAAAUUUCCACGAGUGCCUAAAGAGCGUACAGCGACCGUUCGAACAGGCUUGCACCGAUCUUAGAUCCCAAGUGGCGAGAGAGGCAUGUAUAACUCUAGCCUUUCUGAGUCACAGCCUGAAGACCAAAUUCGCCAGUUUUGGCGAGGCUGUUUUGCUCACGUUAAUGAACCUCAUACAGAACAGUGCCAAGGUCGUGGCGACAGCCGGUGCGGUGGCAGUUAGGUUUAUCCUUCAAAAUACCCACUGCAGUCGAUACGUGCCUAUUAUUAUAUCGUGCGUGAGCAACAAGAGCAAAGACAUCCGCCGCGCGUCCUGGGAAUAUCUGGCUUUAAUUCUGCAGACCUGGCCUACGCAGAUAUUGCAAAAGCACGUCACGGUAUUGCCAGACGCGCUCAAGAAAGGCAUCGCCGACUCUGACGCGGAAGCGCGAGUUUUUGCCAGGAAAUCAUACUGGGCAUUUAAAAAUCACUUUCCAGAGCAGGCUGAGAUACUACUUAAUAACCUGGAUGCGACAUACAAACGCUCCUUGAUGUCUCUCAGCAAUAGCGGCAGUAGUAAUAGUUUAAAUAUUGUGGCUAAUGCGAGAUCGUCGAGCGUUAGUCCACGUACAGCUCGACCUGUGAUGAGCGCGGCAGGUAGUACGGAAAAUUUGCAUCAGACCAUGGGCCAGCCACACGGCCCGCUCAGACGUACACCGUCCUUGCCUCGGUCUUAUCGUCAGUCUGGUAUCCCGAUACUGCAAAGACCAACAGACAGUCACUAUCGAGGUACACCAGGAGGAGUUCGGUCUACUAGUGCGAUCGAUCUGCAAGCUGCUCAAAGGGCGAAGGCUAGAUUAAUGUACGCUAAUAUGAGCAGGCAGAAAGCAGCUGCGGCAAUACCGCGUCCUAGUAAAUCACCUGAUCCCAACGCGGUUGCUAGUCCAGAAAGAGUCGCUAGGACCAGAACAAGAGUCUCCGGAGUUUCGCAAUCUCAACCCAGCAGUAGAUCGGGUUCUCCAUCGUCUAGAUUAAGUUACGCCACGUACAAUCGCGAGGGUGAAUCACUGAUUGGCAGGCCGAGGCGAUUGUCUGGACAUGCCAUCGGCAGCACGAGUAACAGUCGCGAGCCCAGCCCACAGAGAUUCGGAAUGGACAGAAGUUUCGCGAGCAAACUGAGGGGCAGAAAUCUUCACAUGUCGCCGACGGACAGCAGCAGACCGCCGGUUAUGGCGCAGAAGAUGCUGCAGAAGUCGCGCGAAGCCGAGUCCGCUUUGGCGGACGCGCUGACAUUCGACAGUAUAGACAACUACACCAGAAUACCGGGAACUAAAGGGGAUCACAGCGACGACAGCGAGAACAGCAGCAUAUGCUCGGAACGAAGCAUAGACGGUUUCAGGCGAGCUAGUGAUUCGUUCUCAUGGAGUGGCUCGCAACCGAGACUAUACCGUGAUAUAUGGGAUCAGUCUAUCCCGAAGGACAUCAAAGAGAUUAUUGAGAACUGUGCUCACAAGCAUUGGGGAGACAGGAAGGAGGGUUUAGUGGGCUUGCAGCAUUUUCUGAACACGGGCAAUACACUAACUACCACAGAAUUACGUAGAGUGACGGACAUUUUUACGAAAAUGUUCAUGGAUUCUCACACCAAAGUGUUCAGUCUAUUCUUGGACACGCUGAACGAAUUAUUGGUCACUCACAACGAGGAUCUCGGCGACUGGCUUUACGUUCUGUGCGCGAGGCUCCUCAAUAAGUUGGGUACCGAUCUACUGGGAUCUAUACAAGCAAAGAUCCACAAAACGCUUGACGUUGUGAGAGACUGUUUCCCGGGCCAACAGCUUCUACCAGCUGUGAUGAGGUAUCUGACAGAUCCCACACAAACACCAAAUUCUCGCGUGAAAGUAGCAGCAUUGACUUUUAUCACGCAGAUCGCUGAGACGGCAGAGCCGUCCGCUCUGGGCAGUUCUGCACCAACAGCGCUAGCACGGCUGCUCGACUGGUCGAAUGACGUUAAAAGCCAAGACGUUAGGAGGCACGCGCAGAACGCUGUGAUAUCGCUUUACAAUCUCAAUACGCCUCAAGUUACUAUGAUACUCUCCGAAUUACCGAAAUACUACCAAGAAACGGCGUGGCCUCUAGUACAGAAUCAUGUGAGAAAAUCGUCCGCCUCGAGUAACCCGGCGUCACCCGGCACACCGCCGCCUAGAGCGCAGAGUUCGCCAGCACGGACGAAGGUGAAAAACGACAAUAAAGCAGAGGGAAAGACUGAAAUCGACGGAGGGGACGAGAACCUGGAGGAGGUGUACAAAUCGCUGCGACGCACAACCGCUGAGAUUCAAAAUUAUGGCUUUGAACGUCUGGAAAGAGCCACUACUAGCAAGGACAGCGGGAUCAGUAACAUGGCGGAUGUGGAGGAGAGAAUGGAAGGCCUGACAUUAUCUAAUUCGGGCCGAUCUUCAUCCGUCUCCUCGCCAACCCAGCGAGGGCGAUCUGUCAGCAACAUAACAGUGAACGGGUCCAGCGAUACGAUAGCCGGCGAUUUGAUUCUACCUCAGGAAAAUAAUGGUUAUAAAACGCAUGGAUCAUCGCCAGACUCGAUAAACAGACCAGAGAUUGUGGAUAACAUGAUCAAGACUUUACAGUCCAAGAUGACGCAAACUACAGAGAAAGUCACUGUCUUACAGGAAUUCCAAUUGUACGUUCGCGAGGGUGACGCGGCGCAUAUUAAACGAAACUUCAAGAAAGUGCUCAAAACUUUAUUAGAUAGUCUAUCUAACGACGGUAAGGUGAUACAAGUAGAAGUGCUUCAGACGCUAAUCGACAUGCUUAAGUGCCCCGAAUUGGUAGAGAGCUUCUCCUUUUAUCCCGAGUUGUUAAUAUUGAAAGUUAUUUAUGCCUACAAAUCCGACGAUCAAAAGGUCGAUGCUUCCAGUGGUAGCGGCGGCAGAUCUCCAGUACAUUGGAACGCGGAAAAGUGCGCGGCGACGAUAGCCAUGGUUCUCAAGCCGGAACAAAUUAUACAUUUGGUCUCGACUAUCAUCGCCACGGAACCGUAUCCCUUGAAUAUGGGUGCAAUAAAGAUGUUACAUAAAGUAGUGGAGCAUUGGGGUCGCGAUGCGAUAGAACCCCAUCUUGCCAAGGUUAUGCCGGGUCUCAUCAAGGCUUAUGACGAUGCCGAGAGCGCUGUUCGGAAAAGCGCGGUAUUUUGCAUGGUAGCGAUCCACGUGGCGGUCGGCGAGGAAGUUCUCAAACCACACCUGAGCUGUUUGUACUCCAGUAAACUGAAGCUCCUGAAUAUUUACAUACAACGUGCGCAGCAACAGGCGAAUAGUCAACCGGCGAGUCCGCGCAGCAACAACAAAAAUUAACUAACAUCCAAUUCCACGACUCUCAGGGUCGCGAUACUUAAGAGGUUUGCCCGUUUGGGUGCACGGCAUGAACGAAUGCUUGUCAGCUUCCUCAGUAAGUCCAAUCCGUGAUUGUCGACGACGAAGACGAUGAAGUUGAUGAGGUUUUAACAGUAUAACUCGAAGGUUUUGAUACGAUAGAGACUGAUGCAUUUGACUGUAUGCACGUUAUAUCGCGGCAGCGUGCGAGCGUAUGAACGAACGAAUCGCCUCUCGCGAGACGACAGUGAUGUUGUACAGAACCGGCAGACCGGUGUUACGGUUCCAGCAGUUCGUUCCGGUGUGUUGCGCGUUUUUCAAGUUAUUAUUUUCUCGAACAAGCAGAGCCAACAACUCACUAUGUUGAAUUGAUCAGACCCCGAUGACGAGUGUCAUGUAAAAGGGUGACUUCAGUCGACAAGUGUGUCUGCGAAUAUUGUUCUGUGAUACGCUCACGAAGCUCACUCUAUGGAAACAGUCGCUGUCGUUAUUAACGUUAUUAUGAUUAUUAUUAUAUAAUAUUAAUAUGAUUUACAAAAUAGACGAUCCGUUUGAUCUCGCGCUGAUCAUCUCCUUUUCUUCUUUGUCAACAUAUGCGCGCUAUGCAUUACAUAUUUAUACAUUACGUUAUAUUUCCACUUUCUGUCUUACAUUUAUUUAUAUUUUAAUACAUUACAACACUUUCCAAUCUGUCGAGCAACUUGCAACCUUAAAACAAUAUCAAUCCUUCGAACGUGCAAAUUGUCAAAAAUAUUACUCUUACUCUCGCUUGUUUUGUCUUUCGCAUCAAAUACGCAAUUCGGUCAGACGCUCGGGAAAGGUGAAACAACUUUGGACAGCUUUGCAACAUAAACAUUUCACAAAUACAUCACUUUUAUUCAUGGAUUAUCACUACAUCACGAUACUGUACAUAAUAUGAUUAACCAUUUACGUGUCUCACGGUGGAGAGUUACAGUAUUUAAGAAAUUGCAGUAUUUUCUUCGAUUAUUAAGCGUACAGUGAAAUUAUCUUUCAUUUUGCAAGUGGCAACUCGUUGAAAUUCGACCUUUUUCCCUUCUCCCUCUUUAACGCUUCAUUUAACGCUUAACGAUUAUGAGAGAAAGAGUGACAGAAACUCUGAUGAUGUUUGACAAACUGCUUUCGGUAAAACGAACAAUAUACUGAGAGAAAAGGCAGGCGGUGUGCAACAUCACUGUCUUCGGACAACGAGCCGAUUAUCUCAUAGCGCGCAGCCAAAUGCUAAUCACGAACUCCCGUUUUGUGUUUAACAUGUAUGCUUGUUACCGGCUCACGAACGUUUAUAUGUUGCGUGUACGCGACAGUAACGUCGUGUCGCAUCUUUUGCAGCGGGCAAACGACGUGUAGGUAACGGGGAACAGUGGAAAGGAAAGUAUAAUUUAUUCGUUUGAAAUCUAUGUGCUAGUCAGAUUCCCAAGGACGCACAAUGACGUAAAAAGACUCAAACGAAGUAUAGUCGGGUCUUUUUUUUUUUUUUUUUUUUUUUUUUUUUUUUUUUUUACAAACCUUGCACAGACACACAAAUAAUACAUACAUACGAGAAAUACAUAAGAAGAAACAUGCGAGAGAGAAAGAGAGAGAGAGAAUGUGAGAAAAUGAGAGUCUGCUGCGUGAAUGAGAAAUUAACGCGCGUUAAGAGAAGCAAAACAGAAUAAUAAAGUAGCGAUGAUUAGCGCGAAACGAGAUCAGCUCGAGACUAACGUUUAACACUUAAACUUAUUCAUCACGUUGCCAAUAAUCGAAUGAACGCUAAAUCAAAGCUAACGUAACGAGUUUAGUAACACUUUGUGCCAUUGUCGUUUCUGUUUAUUGUGUAAGAAAAAUUAUAUAUAAUACUAUAUAUAGAUCCAUCCUUUGUCCUUUUCUUACUAUACAUUUAGUCAAAAUACGAUAAGGUGUAAUAAAAUAAUUUUAUUAUAAAUUUGUCAAAGUGAAUCAUUGAAGUAUUACGAGAUAUUAGGGAAAAUGAGAAAGAGAAGUGAAUCGUUUCGGAAACACAUUCGUAUUUGCUUGUCCGACGUAAGUAUUUACGAUGAUAUACAAAAUAGAACAUGUAUUAUGGAUGUUUCCCCAGAUAAACUUGUAACGCAUAUAAUGUCUGAUAGUACCUCGAUAAUUCACUUCAGCGUGAUGACGCAGUGAUCUACGUCUCGAACAUACACAUACACACAAUACGCGGCCAAACAGUGCCAAAAAAGAAAAGAAUAAGAGGAAUACUGAGUAUGAACUGAAGAUUAGAAGCAAUUAUUGGAACGUUAAACAAUGAGGAUAAAGAAAAGGAAAAAGAAUGAGGAAACACGGACGGGUUGUGUAUUUCUUUUACUUGGUGCCUUCGGUGUCGACGCGACGGGAUUUGAUUGAAGAUUGUCUUUCAUCGUCAUUACUUAGGAGCAAUUUCGCAGAUAGUACACCGGCAGAAUUAAAACGAAAAGAAAAAAGAAAGGAAAUAUGAGGAGAGUGUCCUUAAUUGUUGCCGACGUCGUAUAAAUGAAACAAUUUUGCGAUGAAAAAAAAGAGAGAGAGAGAAAGAGAGAGAAAAUUUUCUCGAUCACAUUAUCUAUCGUAGAAUAGCGAAUUCUAAACGGACUCGAUAUUUUUCCCAGUCUGCGAUCCGAUAGAAUCUCGAAAGUACAUUGUGCAAACGACUAUUUAUUCUACGCGCCAUCCCAUGUAUCACCUGCGCUUUUGCGACACUUCGUUCGAAGUUUGAAUUAUCGUCGAGAACAUUGAAAGAAGUUCCGGGGAAACUGAAAUUGCGUGCGCGUCUAAAUACAAUUUGCGCUCUAACGCCGCCGAGCGGAAUGUUGCGCUUUCUCAAGUCCGCCGAAAAUCCGGAUGCGCUGUCGAGAGAGAGAGAGAGAGAGAGAGA